CGCCGACGACACCGGAUGGGGUGGGGGCGGGGCCUGGUGGUGGGAGGACCGAUCCUGGGCGGGGCCUGGUGGUGGGCGGGACGUUUCGGGGCGGGGCCUGGCGAGGACCCUUGGGCGGCCCUGGGCUCUAGGUGUGGACGCACCGCGGGUAGAGGUGGUGGGGGGACCGCUCCCCCAGCGCAGUGGGAGCUCCAGCAGACGGACUGGGCGGAGCCGUGGCUCCUGGGGCUGGCCGUCUUCCACGUGCUGUGUCUGCUGCUCACGUGUCUCUCAGCCCAGAGGUAUAAACUACAGGUCGGGCAUUUCCUGUGCUUAGUGAUUCUAGUUUAUUGUGCCGAGUACAUCAACGAAGUAGCAGCAAUGAACUGGAGGUCAUUUUCAAAAUACCAGUAUUUCGAUUCACGGGGGAUGUUCAUUUCUCUAGUGUUUUCAGCACCGCUGCUGCUCAAUGCCAUGAUCAUUGUGAUUAUGUGGGUCCGAAAGACUUUGAACGUAAUGACUGACCUGAAAACGUUACAGGAGAAGAGAAGAGGAAGGAAGAGAAAAGAAGAAUAACACUGGAACAGUUGUGUUGGUUUUCUUAUGGACGUUGUUUUCCUCUGUUGUUGAGUCAAGGGUUAAAGUGUGCAUCAGAGGCGUCCUUACUCGGCCACUCACGUUUGUGCAGAGGGUUCUUUUAUCGUGACAUCCGUGUUGUAGGACACACUUUAAAACUGGUUUUUAAAAUAAACACUAGUCUCCUGUUCCA